AAACACGUUGUUGUUAAUACAUGAACCGAUAUAACAGUUGGUUGUUCUUCCCCUUGUUUUGAAACUUAAAGAAUCUGUGUUCACCACGAAUGCCACCAAAAAAGAAAAGUAAAGUUGAUUCACCUUUAAUUCCUGGUGAUGAUGGAAAUUUGGAGUUGGACUCCGAAAUGAGAAACCCAAUAGCAAAAAAAUCGAAAACGGCUGACGAAAAGAAACUUAAAAGGAAAAAAGCCUUAUCGAAUGAGGUCGACAAUGUUAAAGUUACUCAAGUUUUGCAAAAUAAGACUAGCACAGAAUUCCAUGAACAAGAUUUUGGCAAUGGUUCGAAAACCCCAGAUGGGAAAAAGUGGAAUACCAAAAUUGCUACAUGGAAUGUUGAUGGCUUGCGUGCUUGGAUCAAGAAGGGAGGAUUGGAUUACCUGGAACAUGAAAGUCCUGAUAUUCUUUGUUUGCAAGAAACUAAAUGUUCAGAAUCAAAACUUCCUCAAGAUGUUGUGAUACCAGGUUAUCACACAUACUGGUGUUCUUCAGAGGCAGAUGGCCAUGCUGGUCUUGGUUUGUACACCAAGGUGAAACCUGACACAGUGAGUUAUGGCAUCGGAAUUCCUGAUUUUGACAAAGAAGGCCGUUUGAUCAUAGCAGAGUAUAACACAUUUUACUUAGUCAAUGUUUAUGUACCAAAUUCUGGAAGAAAAUUAGUCACACUUGACAAGCGUUUGAAAUGGAACCCAAAGUUUCAAGAACUUAUCAAAGAUCUGGACUCAAAGAAACCAGUUAUCAUUUGCGGAGACAUGAAUGUAGCGCACCAGGAGAUCGAUAUUGCGAAUCCAAAAUCUAACAAGAGAAAUGCUGGGUUCACCCUAGAAGAACGAGACGGUUUUUCCGAAUUACUAAAAUCGGCGUGCCUCACUGACUGUUUCAGGCAUAAACAUCCGGACGUGAAAGGUGCUUACACUUUCUGGACCUAUAUGGCUAAUGCUCGUAAGAAGAAUAUUGGAUGGCGAUUAGAUUAUUGUUUGCUGUCCAAGAAAUUGAUGGCCAAUUUUUGUGACUGUUGCAUCCGCAGUGAAGUUUAUGGAAGCGAUCAUUGUCCCGUCGUUGCCUUUCUUCAUAUUUGAUUUCUUACACCAAUAUCUUUCUGUGACAGGCAUCUUCUACGUUCUCGUGUUUUUUUAAUCUCUUCAGUCAAAAUGCUCCCAAGAAAACUUCCACAAAUAUACGGAAAAACUAAAA